CGCCGACUCCCGCCCAGAACUACAGGUCCCGACAGGCCUUGCGGUUGGCGGGGCGGCGGCCGGGCUGUUUGAGUGAGCGCGGAAGGCGGCCGGGAUGGACACGAAGCCGGAGGGAUGCGGGAGCGGCCGCUGCCCCUUGCCAGCCCGGGUCUAGCUGCGCCCUAUAGGCGACAGGCCUCACGUCCUCGAGCUGCCCAGUGGGAGGGGGUGACUGUCCCCGUGCCUGGCCUUCCCGCCCUAGCUCUGACACGAACCGUGUCCUGGAAUCAGGGCCCGGUGGGCUCAAGGGACGCCUCAUGUGGUCGCAUAAGUCAGCAGCUUUGGCCAGGUUAUUAUCCCGUGUGUGUUUGGUGUUGCAGGACCCAAGAAGCUUGGCUACAGGAAACGCAGCUGCAGAAUCCCCCCCAACAGAACCUCCCCCGUGUUGAAGAUGGAAAGAACAGUGGUGGGACACAAGAAUGUGACCCCAGUGAGGAGAAAGUGGAGCCUGAACACUUUUCAGAGCCAAACAAAGUUAUUAGUCUUGGGCCUGGAAACAAGGCUAAUGUGAGAGCAAGUCCCAAUGACAAAGUCAGAGCGGCUACCAGGAAAAGGUCUUGUCCUAGUCCUAGCCCCAAGAAAGCUGCCCAGAGUCCCAGUCCCAAGAGGAUAUCUCCCUGGAGAGGCAGUCCCAGGAAAGGCCUCGCUUCAAGUUCAUUUAACUUGUCCCCAAGGGCACUUGCCAUUAGCCCACAAAUCACACGUCGCUCCUGGUCUCGCUCCAGUCUGAAGGGAACCAACCGCCGGAAGUCGCUGCCUCCUUUCCAUCAGGAUGUCACUGAGCUGAGCAAAUCAAUCAGCCUUGAUUUGCCUGAGACUGACAGGCUUUCCAGGCUCCUGCUGUCUAGUUUCCAGUUCUCUGCCCAGAAGCUUCAGCACUUCUUGAAGCAGACUGAUGGCUUCAGCCCUGAGGCUUUUAAAGCAAAUGUGAAUUCAGUUUCAGAAGAGCUGAUGCGUUGUGCAGAGAGACUGAAACUAGAUGGAACGCUAAAGAAAUGUACAGAAGAGCUGAAAGGUAUUUUAUCAGACCCUGCACUAAAUGCGUCAUUGACCCAGAUGAAGGACUAUAUAAACAGGUUUACUACAGAGUCUCAAAGUUGGGAUCAGCUUUUACUGAGUUUCCAGAAAAGUGCAGAAGAAAUGUCCAGACAACUGGAGCGGUGCAAGACGAGUGAUGUGCAAGUGGAGCCUGCUAGUUAUCUCGGAGCAUCACAGGCCAAAGUUCUCAGUAGCAAGCCUAACUAUCAGAAGAUACUAGAUAGCCAGGGUGAGGUCUUUGACUGCAUGGAGCUUGUGCUGGAUGAACUGCAGCAGGCAGUGAAGUUGUUGCAGGCAUUCACAGAAGACAGUACACGGUACCUCCGGAAUCUGUCAGAGCAACUUGCAUCAAGGACUUUUCAGCACCUGGAAAACUCACCAAUUCGGAAACUACUCAAAGUUCCCCCAAAGAAGCCACCAGUCACCCCAGGCCAGCAGCCCCCUGAGGGCUAAACAGGACUUGCAUGGGACAGUCAUUGCCUCCUUUGCCUUUAUUCCCUGCCUUGUCCAGGUGGUUGUGGGGCCGGGGGGGGGCUUAGGGCCCCCCCUUGCCUCACUCAGUGCACGGGGCGGGGGGGGACUCUUAUCCCAGGGCCUGGGGCUCUAGGACUGAGCUGGGGGGGGGGGGGGCGCCUUGCUGUCACUGGGGUCUGUGCUGAGAAUAAAGCUGCGGGGCGUGGCCCCUGCGCGGA